AAUAUUUUCCUAUAAUUAAUAUAUUAUUAGCAAAUUUAACCCAUUCCUUUUAUGUCGCCCAAGAUAUUAAGUGUAAGUAUUCAAUUUUUGGCAUUUUCUUCUUUCUGCUAGUGGUGUCUGUUCUUUUAUCUCUAUCGUCACCGCCAUAGCGUUUCUGCUGUUGCUUCAAAUAUUUUGAAAUUUGAACCUCAAUCUCAUAUCUCAAUCUGAAUCUCAAUCCAUGGCUUUCCUACUUUUCAAUGCUCCUUCUUCAACCCCAAUAACUCUAUGUCUUAGGCGCUCCUCUUCUUUCAAACCCAAAAGAGCCACAUCAGUUUCACCUCCCAUGUCCAAAACAAUUCCAGCAAGAGACAUAGUCAUAGACUUUGGCAAACACAAAGGCAAGAUGCUAGGCACCCUCCCUUCAAACUAUCUCAGAUGGGUUUCCGAAAACCUUCGCGCCCGUGACUUUGAACUGUGGGCAAAGCUAGCUGACCAAGUGCUUCAAGACCCAUUUUACCAGGACAGAAUUGAGUGGGAAUAUGUUGAGAACAUUUUGCAUGGAAACAAUGCAAAAGUAACAACAAAUGACUCUUUGUUGUCAAGUGAUGAAACUGCAGUGUCUAUGUUGUUGGAGAUAAGUGAAAGAUUUGGUUGGGAUAAUGAAGAUAAAGCUGGAUGGAGUAAGAUUAACUUUGAGCUUCUUGGGACCAGUAAAGGAGGCAGGAUACCAAGAAAUUUGGAUAAUGAUGGUGAAAGCAAGAAUGGAAGAAGAGAAGAGAAACAAGUGAAGAGAGUGAAACCUGGAGAUGGGGUUUUGGGAGAGACAAGGAGGGAGAGGAGGGAGAGAGCAAGGUUGAAGAAAGAAGAUGAGAAGUUGGAGAAUAAGCAGAAGAGUGAUGGUGGUGUCAGGUUGGAAAGGAGUCAAGGGGUUGAUAAAGAUCAGACGGUAAAGAUUUACAACCCAUUUCCUGGUCGUCAAGCUCUGUUGAACAAGGUACUUAUCAACCGUAGAAGAUGCUUGUAGUGUCUUCUCUCUUUGGAUUGUAGUUUUGGUCUUUGUAACAGUUCACACCAACAAGAAUUAGUUGUAUUUUUACAAUUUAUGAGGAUAUAAGAGAUUAUUAGUAGCUUUUUAAUAACAACAGCACAAUACAGCUUGCGUUUUUUUACCACUUCUUGCAAUGCCAAAGCUGUUGGGGAAGUUUUAACUUAUCUGAAUCACACAGCCACUCGUAGCAUCCAUUCAAAUUUGUAGUUCAAAUCUUGCAUGCUUUUAAAGUACCCUUUCUUUAUAAAAAAAAAAUCAUUGGUGAAUGGUGAUCUUGGUUAUUUCCUUUCCAGCAAUAAUUAACAGCUGCCAAUUCAAUUUAUCAAACAUAAACCAUUACAGGUUACAGCAACAUGGUUCUUUUCAGAAAUAACUUUGUUCCCGAUGAUGCCCCUGUAAAUCUAUCAUACCUGUUUUAAAUGAAUGAUAUAUUGGCAUUAAGCUUCUAGCAGUCAGGAGCAGACUUUUUAUAACAUUCUCAGUUUAUGUUGAAACUUAACCUGCAGAAUUUUAUGUACACUUUGUAACAAAACAAAGGAACAAAAAAAAAAGGAGAUACAACCUCACAACAGUGCUAAUCGUUUCAGGAAACUCUUUCCCAUACAAGAACUUUAAUCAUCUCAUGGUUAGAUGCAUAGUAUGUACACUUUUUAGCUGGAGUGCUGGAGCUCACAGCGCUGCCCGCAAGCCGCGCUGCGUGCUCGCUUAAGAAUAUUAGUAGCCAAAAGUAAACAUCUACACAAUCCAAAUUCUGUAAACUGUAGCAGCAAAUGCAGCUCUUGUCAUCUUACUUACUGAAUGUCUGAUGUUGUGAUUAGUAAAGUUCAACA